UUGGUUGUUAUUAACAGGAAGUUUUGUAUUUACUUUGCAUUUACUUCGCCUAGCCGGAUAGGCUUUACAACUAUAGGAAGUGUUUAGCUAAAUGUAUUUUGAGCUUUUUAGCAAAAGGGGAAAACAUUAAAAAUAUAACUAAACUAACUGAUCGAAGAUCUGUAUAUAAAACCGGUGGCAAGCAUACUGACAGAUGACCACACUUACCCAUCGGAGUCGCCGCUCUGAGCCAGCGGUAGAGAGACUGGAGGAGGAGGAGGCUGGCUGGGGAGGUUACCCCCCAGAUGACGAUGAGCGUGACUCCAAGGAUCUUCGCCUGACCCUCAUGGAGGAAAUCCUUUUACUAGGCCUGAAGGAUAAGGAGGGUUACACGUCUUUCUGGAACGACUGCAUCUCGUCAGGUCUGCGGGGCUGCAUCCUCAUCGAGCUGGGGCUGCGGGGGCGGAUCCAGCUGGAGCCCGCCACCUUGCGGAAGCGCAGACUGCUGGAUCGCAAGGUUCUGUUUAAGUCAGAGGCCCCUACAGGAGACGUGCUUCUCGACGAAGCCCUUAAGCACAUCAAGGCAACGGAGCCGCCGGAAUCUGUGCAGAGCUGGAUCGAGCUCCUCACCGGGGAGACCUGGAACCCCCUUAAGCUGCACUACCAGAUCCGCAACGUCCGCGAGCGCCUGGCCAAGAAUCUGGUGGAGAAAGGCAUCCUGACCACGGAGAAGCAGAACUUCCUGCUGUUCGACAUGACCACACACCCGGUCACCAACACCACGGAGAAGCAGCGACUGGUGAAGCGCGUGCAGGACAGUCUGCUGGAACGCUGGGUGAACGACCCGCAUCGCAUGGAGCAGCGAAUGCUGGCGCUCAUCAUGUUGGCUCACGCCUCCGACGUGCUGGAGAACGUGCUGACGCCGCUCACCGACGAGCAGUACGACACGGCGUCUACGCGCUCCCGCACCCUGCUGGACUGCAACCCCGAUGUGGAGGGCACCAAGGCUCAGGCCUGCGAGAUGAUUUGGGCCGUCAUGGCCGCCUUCAGCAAAGCUUAAGGUGGGGCGCUGGGCCAGGUUCCCAGCUCGCCCCCCCCCCCCCCCCCCCCCCGGUAUCUGACACCCACUUUGAGCUGGCUCAAGUAUCAAGUAUCUAGGAGCAGUGAGACGGGAAGGUGGACUCCUUUAAUGGGCCUUAUGAAGUCUUAUUUUUGUUUCCUAAAAGAAGUGUCAUAGUUCAGUAUCAGAAAUGAGCUCAUUGGUCUCAUAAUGAGCUACUUGUUGAGCUGCUUUCUGCUUUGAACCCCCUGUCUCACUCUCCAUUCUCUGGAUGUCAGCCAGACUGUGCAGGAAUGUAGUUACCUGACUGUCUGACCAUUCUGCCCCAUUAAAAUGCAAUAAAAUCAGUGCGAAUCUCUGCUUUACCGACUUUUACCGGUGUAACUCACUCUCCUGUUGACUGGCUCCUGUCCAGUUCCGCUUAAGGGUUGAGGAGCAGUUAACUUUUCGGUUUAUUAGAUAUGGGUGAAUGGUAUGGGAAUAUGUGCUCAGUUGUGAAUGAGAAGAUGUUUUUCUCUGACUAGAGGAGCAAAACCUAUUUAAAAUCCAGGUAUCGUUUUAUGUUUAUUUGUUUCUAAUCUGUCGAACUAUUUAAGCCUGCAGUACAUUAUAGAAAAUUUUAAUAUUGAAUGAUUUAAAUGUCUGACUGUCCAUGUUUUAUAACAAAUUAGAUCUUGAAUGAUUCUAUUUUUAGAAAAUGUAUAUAUUGAAAUAUUGGGUAUAAUAUCAGAUGUUUUUCUAUCAUUUAGUGCUCAUAAUUAUUUAAGAUGAUAUAAUGUUUUUAGUGAGAUAUAAAGCCUUUUUUUCGUUUUUUUUUUCACAAAUCGAAAGUGUUUUUUACAGCACUUGUGGACAACAUACCUUUUUUUGUUUUGGAGUUGAUUCGGUCUUUAUUAAAGCAAAGGAGGUUCGCAUGAU